CACUACCAAUUUUGCCAUUGAUUGCCCUCUGCUCUUAACAGCUUCUAUCUCACCGCAGGUCACCAAGACAAUCCGGCCUAGAGGCUCAUCGACCCACCGCCUUCCCGGCUCAAGCUUGUGUUAUUGUUUGCCAUUUGGCUGUUUUCUUUCGGUUUAUUUCAUAUUCAUCGUAUUGCUUCAAUAGUACUAAGGUAUGAACAAAAACUGGAAUGACAGGGCAGAUAAAGAUCUGUUCUUCACCAUCUUGUCCGUCAAGAACAUAGGCGUUAUCAGUGGCGCGGAAUGGACAACCAUCGGCAAUCAUAUGCGCGGCCUCGGCUAUGGCUUCACCAAUGAAGGAUGCCGGCAACACUUUCAGGGUCUCAGGAGAGCACAAAACAAGGCCGAAGUGGACGGAAGUCACUCUGAAAGUGCUAGAAGAGCUGACCCAACCUUGAAUCCCAUCACUAGAAGACCGGGGCCUGGCCGGGGCCGCCCCAGAAAGUCACAGGCCCAGGAGUCCGAUCAGCCUGACGCAAAUACCGCUGAUAACUCUCCAACUGGUCUUGCUGCUGGCGUACCUACCACGGUUUCUACUGCUGUCCCGGCGGUGCUCCCCGGAGCUGUCGUAUCUAGUCCUAUGCCAGGCCACGGCCCGGUGAUGGCUGCUUCUGCUGUGCCACUUCAGCAGCAACAGCAGCUUCAGCAACAACAACUUCAGCAACUUCAAGCUCAACAACUUCAGCCUCAGCACCAGCACCAAUUUCAACAGCAACAGCAACACCAAUUCCAGCAACAACUGCAGCAGCACCAAUCGCAGCUCCAGCCGCAGCUCAAAACGGAGAUGCAUGAUGCUGAUGGCAUCUCUGUCUCUGCUCAGACACCGAAUGAUAUCGCUUCUAACCAUCUGAUUGGAUCGGAACCCGGAUCGACAACUUCUCAAGAACAGCUCCAACUGGACGCUGUGCAAAGUGGUGAUGAUGAAGAAGAAGAAGAAGAGGAAGAUACAGAUGAACAUCCUUCCAAACGACAAAGAUUAGACCCCCACGACCUCGGCCAAGAUUCGGCUCUCGAUGACGAAGCUGUGCUGGCGCUGGCCGCCCAUAACGGCGCGGACGGCACAGAUCCGUAUCCCGCAGACUUUGGAUUCCGAGAUGGCCAGAUCUGAAGCUUGACGUUAAAUGGAGUAUCUGUGUAAUGGAAUGAUUAUCUCAUUUGGAAGAGGUAGCAUAUUUGCUAGAUUUGGGCGUGCUUAGCGGGUUGGUUGAAUGUCUCUGUUCCCCUUUGUCUACUUUUCCCCUUUGGCAGGUGUCUUAGCGUUUUCUUGUGGAGUUGACUCAUUGGGACUAUAACUUCAUCUCUAGGUAGAGACAUAAUUGAAGUGGUAUGAGGAGUGGAACGGCAAGCAAUUGGGGGUGUAGAUGGAUAUAUAAUGAUUGGGUCGGGUGUUUUAGGAGUGUUUGGGGACUUGGAGCUCAAAGUCUCUUCCCCUUAUGCCAGUUGGUUUACACCUUAGAUAACACUAAUAGAUUGCAAUGACUAUCCAGAA